AUGUCUCACUAUGCUCUUCGGGGUCAGAUCAUGGCCUACUGCAAUAGCCUGAGGGCCCUGCUGGAAGAUUUCCCUACCGUCAGGGACACCGUCUUCAUGGUGGGGCAACCACAAGAGAAGAAGGGGUUGAGGGAUUCCAAGAAGGGCUGCAAGGAUGACCUCAGAUGUUAUCUUGCAGCAUUUAGAGCCUUAAAGCUAACGCUACAGCUGAUUGCUCCUCUCCAUGACAUUGUGGCCUACCUUUUCAGUUUCGCUAAACUUGGGAAUUUCCCAGCAUGCUUUGAAUUUCCUCUAAGUCCUAACCCUUUGAGAGGUGACUGGGGAGGAACUGAGGGCAUUGUGUCUGAGCUUCAAGGGCUGCAGAAAAUGAUUGACAGCCUCGAGAGUCCCCAAGACCCCACCCAGGUGUCCCAGGCACUCCUGCUCCGAAGGGAGGUUAUGUUUCUGCAAUUUGAUGCUGCAGUGAGGCACCUCACCCGAACGUUUCUGACAGCUGGGAAUGCGCCUGCCUGCCAGUCUGUCAAUGACGGCUCGUGCCACGGGCUGCCACCGCUGAGCAACGCACUGGUGAAGAGCAUUUUUGCUUCACAGCUCAGCCUGCCCCCGCCGCUGGAUCCACAGAGCCCCCAGGUGUGUUGA